ACACCACUCACACUCACCCCUUCCUUUCUUCUUUCUCCUUUUAUAAAUAAUCUCCUCUGACUUCCACCUAAACCCCACAACUCCCUCCACGUCUUUCCCUCUAUCUUUCACUUUCUCUCUCAGUGUUUGAUUCCGGGAAGUCUUCGCGAUGUCUGUGCCGGCGACCACCGUGGUACCACCGUUGACUGAUGAACUCGACAUCGUCAUUCCGACGAUCAGGAACCUCGACUUUCUGGAACAGUGGAGAUCCUUCUUCCAGCCUUACCAUUUGAUCAUCGUUCAAGACGGAGAUCCGACCAAAAAAAUCCACGUUCCUGAAGGCUUUGAUUACGAGCUCUACAACCGAAACGACAUCAAUCGGAUCUUAGGUCCGAAAGCCAGUUGCAUUUCCUUCAAGGAUUCCGCUUGUCGCUGCUUCGGAUUUCUCGUCUCCAAGAAGAAAUACAUCUUCACCAUUGACGACGACUGCUUCGUUGCGAAGGAUCCAUCGGGGCAAGAGAUCAACGCAUUAGCACAGCACAUUCACAACCUGUUAUCGCCAUCAACGCCGUUCUUCUUCAACACAUUGUACGAUCCAUACAGAGAAGGUGCAGAUUUCGUGAGGGGAUACCCGUUCAGUUUACGUGAAGGCGUAACCACCGCGAUCUCCCAUGGACUCUGGCUCAACAUCCCCGACUACGACGCGCCAACACAGCUCGUGAAGCCACGCGAGCGUAACACAAGGUACGUCGACGCUGUGUUAACCAUCCCUAAAGGAACUCUGUUCCCGAUGUGCGGAAUGAACCUAGGGUUCCACCGGGAACUCAUCGGACCGGCGAUGUACUUCGGACUCAUGGGCGAUGGUCAGCCGAUUGGGAGGUACGACGAUAUGUGGGCGGGGUGGUGUGCGAAGGUGAUUUGUGAUCAUUUAGGGCUCGGAGUGAAAACUGGAUUACCUUAUAUCUGGCAUAGUAAAGCGAGUAAUCCUUUUGUUAACUUGAAGAAGGAAUACAAGGGGAUUUAUUGGCAAGAAGAGAUUAUUCCGUUUUUUCAAUCUGUUGUUUUGCCUAAAGAGUGUACAACUCCACAGAAAUGUUAUUUGGAGCUUUCGAAGCUUGUGAAGGAGAAGCUUUCACCUGUUGAUCCUUACUUUGAGAAGCUUGCAGGAGAAAUGGUGACAUGGAUUGAAGCUUGGAAUGAGCUUAAUCCAUCCACUGAUGCAACACCAACAACAACAACAGAUGCAGUUCCUAAAAAGAAGUAAUCUUUUCCGUUGCUAAUGAAUCAUCGAUCUAUUUUUAGUUAUUAUUAUUAUUGUGGGAAUAAUGUUUCGUUAGAAACUGUUUGGUUGACGGGAUUUGUUAAGCUAUUGAGGUCUAAUUUAUACUUUUUUUUUUUUUUUUGUAAUUUUCGAUGUUAUAAAGCAAUCUAUUUGGAGUAAUUUAAUGAGAUACAAGAGUCUUUUCCUAGAUUAAAUGCAGCAUUCAAUUCGUUAAUAAGUAGAAUCUACCUGACAAGAAAGUAAAAGUUCAAGGGGUAGAAGUAGAAAUAUCCUCUAUAACGCCUUUUCCGUCAACCGCGUCAAAAAAGAAGAAAUUCUUUAAA